AAGAAGCCUGCCACGGGUGUUUCCUUCCUUGCAACGUCUAGGCUUUUACAUCGGCAUCUAGCUGCGCGGAAUCCCUGCCGGAGCCGAACAAACGCUUCACACCAUGGGGGCCCUGAGCCUAACGAUAGUAGCCGCCCUCGGCGUCGCGUACGGCGUCAGCUGGCUCCUGGUCGAUGUGCUGUCGCUCCUCGCCUACCCCUACUGCGACCACCCGACGAAGUGCUUCGACUACGAGGAGGAGCUGGCCGCCAGCGUGAACCCCAGCGUGGACCCAUGCGACAACUUCUACGAGCACGUCUGCGGCAACUGGGACAGGGUGCAUCCAGGGACGAGCGGUACUGGUCAGCUCGUUGUGCUUCAACGCCGGGUACAAGGAUUCGUGCUCAACGAGCUCGAGCGUUCGCCUCCCAAGCAUCAAGUGAAGGCAGUUCGCAGAAGCGUUUCCGCAUACCAGAGAUGUCUCAACGUUUUUGUGGAGCGGAGAGACUACACCAAGGUGGUGUUCGAGAUCUUCAAAAAGUUCAACUUCGAAUGGCCUUCCCUGACGCUUCCCAUACAAUUUGUCCUUAUGGAGUACCUGCUGGGAAUGUCACUAGAAUACAACUUGGCUACUCCAGCUGAGCUACGCCUCUCGCGGAACCUAAAGACCUACAACCGUUACAGCCUCGAAUUUUCUUUCAGUCUGGAAUUCAAAGGCCCGAAGGUCCCGACAGACAUAGCCAAAUGCAUCACCGCGGUGGCACCGUCGGUGAAGGGUGUUUCGGCCAUUGCGUUCGCGGAGCGAAUCCUCGCCGUUCUCCGAGACCUGAGCACGUCCAUAGUCGCACUGCUUCCAAGCCUAAAGAAGGGGUUCCUCUACUCCACCAUCAAGGAACUGGCCAGCGAGACCGGUGGGCCUGGCAUGAUAGCUGCCUGGCUUAAAGCCAUCAACAACCACCUGCCGCAUGAUCGGGCUGUCGACGAGACGGAAGAGGUCCUAGCGUCCGUCGGCAGUGGCUUGCUUCUCAAAACGAUGCUGGACAAUGCGAAGCGGUCACGGUAUGCGGAUAUCGUGUUGUACGCUGGCUGGCAGAUUCUCGUUGGUCUGCGUUCCGCGGUGUCGCCUUUGCUGGUGGAGUGCCUGGCGGUGAACGACCUUCAUGCCCAGCUGGACUCCGGAUUGGAAUGCAUGAAAUCCACCAGCCAGGUUGCCCAAUUCGCCUUUGUUCGUUGGUUCGUGGACAGCCUGGCGCUGCAGCCAAAAGUGAAUGCGACGAAGAGCACGUGGAACGCGGUGAGGUUGGCCACCCGCGAGAACUUUGCCAAGCUAUCGUGGAUGGACCAAUCAACAGCCAAAGCCGCCGUCGAGCAUGUUGACAGCUUGCUUAGCGUCGUGGCCUUGCCGGAACACCUGCAAACUAACGAAGCACUUGAGGCUUUCUACGAUUACCUGGAACCGCACGAGUCGCAGCCAUUUAUUAGUUGGCUGAUCGCAACUAUGCUUCGGCGCCUCGAACAGCAGAAGCGCCUUCUUAAGGUCGACCCCACGGUGACGAUUCACCGCGAUGACUAUGAGUACGAGCCAUUCGUUUUGAACGCCGGCUACCAUCCGAUCUUACACAUAAUGGUCAUUAAGACGGCGAUCAUAGCGCCUCCAGUGGUUUCUGAGGCGGCGCCAGUGGCAGUGAAUUACGGUGCCAUCGGUAAAAUCUUGGGACAUGAACUGACGCACGCCUUCGACCCUACAAUCGGGAGGUUGACUGGAACACUCGGUGACGCCACUACUUGGUGGUCGAAUCAGUCGCUCUCGAACUUCCACUUUCGGCUACAGUGCCUGAAGCGGCAGCUGAAGGAUUACACUGCGGACACAGCAUACAGCGAAAACUCGCUCUCGGAAGCAUUCGCCGACACAGCGGGAACAGAGAAGGCCCGGCUCGCGUUCGCCUCCCUGCCGGCGGGGAAGGGCCUUCUGGGAUACACACAGGAGCAGUCGUUCUUCAUCGCCGGCUGCUUCGAGUUCUGCGGGGAAAGUGCGUACGAUUGGGGCGCGGGCAAAAAGUACCCGCCCUUGGUGUUACGGUGCAACCUGCCUGCUGCGAACGAAAAGAGGUUUGCGGCCGCGUUCAACUGUCCCAGUGAAGCGGCGCUCAAUCCUAAACAACGGUGCGCGCUCCACUCAAUAGAAGGGGACCAACCGCCUGACAGCAGCGAUGUGGUGGUAACGGGAAAUAUGACGGACUAUUGGUGACUUUACGCAUUCUUAUUCUUCUUAUAUUUGAAAAUUUUCUUCUAUGGAACAAGUGCAAAUGUCGCAUA